AUGCCAAAUGUCGUGCCGCUCAGGAUCCUGUGUUGGGUAUAUUAUCUUGUAGCCGAAUCUUUUGCAUCGGUCCGUCCGCAAGAUGUCCGCAUCUACACGUACCGCCUUCCAGCGUGUUCUUUGGAGCAUUUUCCUGGCGAAGAGAUUGAUGGUCGACAGCCACUGAGGCGGAAGGCAUUUCACGAUGGACGCCCGCCGCUUCUGCCGAUUCACCGAAAGCUCGCAUACGGGCGACUGGCCACCAACGAUCCCCGGAACGCGACGCACUUCUACAUCCCAGCUCCAUUCUUCUUCUGGGAUGACUCGUGGCAUUCUUCGAACGAGGCCUGCAAAGCGACAGCCUCAGAACGCAUCGUAGACGCCGACCAGAAAAUGAUUUUACUGCCUGGCGACGUGCUCGAUCUCCAAAAUGCAGCCUGGCACUGCCAGCAGGUGGGUUGCGUGUUCGGUCUAUGGUUGCAAUUCACAGGCAUUCAAGCGGACAACGAAGCCUACCCCAUAAUGUGGAUUCUGAAAUUUCGUCAUAAUGGCGCCAGGAUUGACUUGGGCCUGAGAUACGGAUGUCCUGUCAUCAGUACCGACACAGAGAUGCUUGUGGUAGACUGCGACCGGGAGCAACUCGCAGACCAGCGCUGGCAUCAUAUAGGUGGCAUUCUUCGCAUGGACAUGUCUUCGACGGAGCUGCUAUUGGACUUCCUCCCCGUGUCUUCCCAGCUUUCGGUGCAAAGUACGAGUGCUGAAGAUGCUGUGCCAACGUCGGACUUCCACGGAUGGAGAUUUUGGGGCAUAGAAGUUUGGAGAGAAAGAGUGCUUGCGACCCUCCCGCCUUGGAGGACUGCGAAGCCCUUUCAAUUGAUGCUCCAACGGUGCGCUGUCCCGUCGCCGAUGGAGAGCUCGAAUGGCCCCUGCCUGCAGAGAGUCAUUGACUUCGUCGAGUCCCAGCCGUGGCUUAAGCGACGUCAAGGCUGGGAUCAUUUGGUUCUGUUCGCGGGCGUGGACUACCCGUCGGUUUUCAAUCCAAUUCAUCCGCCUGAUGACACAGACUUCGUGUUGGAGACCAGGUGGCCGGCGUUCAAGAACUUUGUCUUGCUGCAUUUCGGCGCCAGAUCGGAGCGAUGUGUGAACCGACUGGAGAGCUUUCAUCCAGCACGACGCCAUGCCUUGCCUGACUUCAAGCAGUGCGAGAGACGUGUGUUCCAAACGGUCACCAUACCUCCUUUUGUCCCCAACGAGGACUUCAACUGUGCCAAGAUGGCCUCCUACGCGCAGGGCCGCCCGAGACCUCAUCGCCUUGCUUUCCGUGGGCUGAGCUACAAUGCCAUGGUUGAGCGCAACUCCUUGAACCAGGCGCUGUCGGAGGCGUUUUUGCAGCAACUGCAGCUGACUGGCGACUUCCGGCUGGAGUUUACGAACUGGACCCACGAGUUGCUGGGGUCGGGCAUUUGCAAAGCGGACUAUGCCUUUGACCUGCUCUGCAGCUGGUCCGGUGUGAACAGGCCGGCAAUGAACCAAAGCCGUUCUUCAUCACAGCGCAUUCAGAAAAUGCGAUCUCGAGCUCUCGAGCUUUGGGACAGCUCCGAGGCAGGACUUGUGCUGCCCGGUGAUGGCGGCUAUGAGCUUCGAUUGUACAGCAUGUUGAACAAGGCCACGGUGCCCUUCAUUGUAGGAUCAACCGGCUCAACACACGCAAAGAUACCGUUUUCGGCGACUCUACACUGGAGUCGCUUCGCGAUUUUCUGGGAUCUCAGCAGUUCAUACGUCACCAUAGAAGCCCCAACUCAACCACAGCAUUCUGUGAGCGUCGGGGCACACCGACUUCUGUUGCAAGCAGCGCUCAUGGACCCCCAAGUGUUGAAGCGGAAGCGUCGGAACUUGCUCCGGUACGCGCCGGGGCUGUCUUGGGAGGAUCACGCACCGUGCCCAGGCACGCUGAGAAAGACAGCCUUGGAUUUCUUGGCACAGGAGCUUGCCCAUCGCUUGUCCAAGUACGAGGCAACUGGAGCUGGACUCACUGGAAUUACAGGAUUGGCGCUCCACGACCGGUCCUGGAAGAUCCCUGACAAGCACGUCUUCAGCAGUGAGCAAGAGGACCUAACAGGAACCGGCUGCCCUGCCGGAUACCCGCUCUGCGAGAAGCGCGAAUCUGGAAACGUGUGUGUGGCUCCGUGUUAUGGAGGACCCUUUGCGUGCCCCGUGGGAUGCAAGUUGAUGGCUGACAGUCCACCCUGGUGUCGAACAUCGUCAGGUGCGGCAUGCGAUGCUCCGAUAGCAGGCAGAACCGCCAUUCCCUGCGGCACGUAUCCAGAUCGGAACUUUCACGCACAAGUUCUGCCCUACGCGGAGAACAUCGUCCGAAGGCCACGCAUUGCACUCCUGACUUGGUCUGACCGGCCCGAGAUCGCGAAGCUGACGCUGCCAGUCUUGGAGCGAUUCUGCCAAAACCACCAAGAACGCUACGACUUGAUUGUGGAGGAGGAGCCGAUUUUGGGCCCUAACUCCAACUAUGUGCCCGCCUGGAAUAAGGUCGUGUUUCUACGCCGUCUCUUGCGGACCACACUCUACGACGCUGUCGUAUGGAUUGAUGAUGACAUUCUCAUCACGGAGCCUGGCAGAGAUCCGAUCUAUGACGGGCUGAAACGGAGCAUACUUGCAUUGCACUCGGACGUCUUCCUUUACGCUUCCAAAGAUGUUCGCGUCGAUGCUCGUGUGCCGAUGAACACAGGGAUUCUUGGCCUCCGAGCUUCUCGGCGGGCCAGGAAGUUUCUAGAGGAAUUGCUGCGCAUCUCCAGGCAGAAGGUAGUUUUCGACGGCCAGGCCUUUGUACCGCAGAGGCAAGGUUGGUGGGAUCAGGAUGCUGUCGCUGAGUGGGUGCGUAAGAAUGGACUGAAAGAUGCGUACCUCGAGGAGCAUCGGACGAUCCAGUCCAUCGUGCGUGACCUCUCGAACGGGCAUUGGAUGCCAGGGGACUUUGCAGCGCACUUCAGUGGCCGAACGGAAGAAGUUCGUUUACAAGUGAUGAAGCAAUUCCAGCAGAAGCGCCGCCGCGAGACACAGCCCUGA